UGCAGACGCAGCAGUUGUUACUGUAUUUGCUAUUUUUUUCUGUGUUGUGUCAUAACAAAAAUAACCGACAUGAUUAUUUAAUCCUAGAUCACAUAAUGUAGCAGGGUUAAAGAAUAAAUAAAAAGGUUGAUUUGCAUUUUGCUGUGCAUUGCUUCUAGAUAUUUACCAUCAUUAAGCAGGAACAAUGAUGCUCAAACAAACAGAUGUGCAUGGCUAGUAUGUGCAUAGGCUAUGGCUAUUUAUUAAUUUAUUUUUUUGCAUUAUCAUCGAUUGUCUGUUAAAGAUAUGAAGUGAUUGCUGCCUCUCCUUACUUUACAAUGUACAUCAAGUCAGCGUAACCAUUUAUUAAGCCUCCUGCAUAUUUAUUGUAUCAAGCCAUGUUAAACUUGUUCACUUAAUCAUUUAAUCAGAUUUUAUUAACAACCAGAUUGGGAUUUCUUUGCAUUUCUUUCUGAUUGCUACCAAUAGCCCCAGUGUCCUGGUUUUCUGGGUUUUGCAUGUUCUUUAUGUGGUUAUGUAGGCUUCCUUCAGGUUCCCCCAGUUUCCCCAGUUUAAAAACAUUCGCCUUGCACCUCCAGGACCUGGGUUCGAUUCCCACCUCUGUGCAUGCAGUUUGCAUCUUCUCCCUGUGCUUGGUGGGAUUCCUCCAGGUACUCUGCUUUCCUUCCACAAUCCAAAGACAUGCAGAUUAGGCUUAUUGGUGUUCCCAAAAACAGAGAAUCACCACCUCUCAGACUCUACCCCUAAGUACCUACGAGGUAACAGUAUAGGGUCUGUGUAUAAAGAGAGACUGCAGUCAGUAACAUGCGAGACAGGGAAGCGCAUCGGCUGCUGGUCAUCUCAGGGACACCGAAGGUAUGAUAAUACCGCUCUUUACUUACAAGAAGGACUGAUUGUUACUUGAUAUUUAAUACCUUAUGUUAUGCUAUGAUUGUUGUUUAAGUGUUUCCAUGUAUUCACAAAAAAUUUAAUAUAAUGUGUAUUUGUUUGCUAAACGGUUCAUGGAAUAGUAUUUGUUAAGCUUAGUUAAAUAAUUUUGUUGUAUUUGUUUACAUUUUAUUUACCUAAUAUUUAACAGAAUCACUACGAUUUAAUUAUAAUUUAUCAGAAAUAUUGAUGUACCUUUUUUGUGGUUAUUCAUUUAAGGUUAUUGAAUCCACUUUGAACAAUUGUUGUGUAACCUGCAAAGCUGUCAGACACAAGAAUUGAAAAGUGAUUCCAGAGGUUAUCCUCAUGUCCCCUGUAGUUGGCUAAUGUUUCAUUUAUUUAUUUAUUUUCAAGUUUGAAGCAGCAGCUGAUGUGCAAAUUCCCCAAAACCUUGACAGUUUGUGCCCUGAGAUGGACUGGCACCCUGUCCAGGCCUCUGCCAUGUCAGUUCAUUUAUUUAAUCACAUUUUUGUCCUUUCCACACAGUGUUGCUGUGAUUGAUUCUGGAUGCACAACAAGGAUAAAGAUAUUGAAAGGGAUUAAGAGAGUUUUUAAUUAAUCACCAGCCUACCUUCUAACCUGAGCAUAAGGAUAUUAAGUUUAAUGGACUCCACUCCAUCUGAAGGCAAGCUGCUAAACCUUGCACCUUUUUGCUAAGAGCACAUUUGCAUUGCAGUUAAACACCGUCUUUCAGCAAGGGAUUAAUGCCACGAAAAUCACCCGACAUGGAGGACUUGCUCAGUCUUAACAAGAAUCCUGAUGCAGAUCUCACAAAGAGUUUGUGCUGUAAUGGUGAAGAUCAGCACGCCGAGCGGACCCUGUUAAAGAUGUGUACAGUGAGACUAGUGGACUUCAGGAAAAUCCAGAAAAUAUCAGAAAAAAAACGUAUUACUGGAGGUGAAUGCAGCAUGUUUGACGGAGACCAGAAACCACAACAGGCUCAAUUAAAAAUGCAACGAAGAAAAGCAACAGCUGAGAGUCAAACAGAGGAAGGGGCUUAUUAUCAUAAAUACAAGCCCAGCAGUUUCAGUUCUUCCAGUACGUCCAACAAGUCAUCUUGCGAUCAGGGGGAUGAACCUAAUCAUCAAGAAAAGCCUAUCAAAGCAGAGAGCCUUGGAGUGAUUAAGGUUGAAAGACAUUCCCUUAAAUUACAUUGUACAGGCAAACAUUUUGCACUUCACUUGGGCCAAAAGGCGCAUCAGUGCAGCCAGUGCAAUAAGAGUUUCAGCUGUUCAUCAGACUUGGCAAUACAUCGCUAUGAUUGCACAAAAGGCGGUAAAGAGCUUUCAAAAGUCUCGUAUCUGCAGCUGCACCAGAGAGAGCACACUAGAUUUAACCCUUAUAGCCACUCGGAGUGCAGCAAGACUUCUAGCGAGGCAUCAAGCCUUAGAGCCGAGAAAGUGCAUACUGAAGAAAAACCCUAUGUCUGCACACACUGUGGAAAACAAUUCUCGAGCUCAUUGGGUGUUCGUAAUCACAAGAAAGUACACAGUCAAGAGCUUCAUCGAUGCUCGGAGUGCGGGAAACAUUUUCUAUGUUCCAACACAUUAAGGAUUCACAAGAGAUCACACACCCGAAAGAAGCGGUAUCAGUGUUUCGAGUGCGGUAAACAGUUUUUACAUUUGUCAACCUUAAACCAUCACAAGAGGAUCCAUACACAAGAGAAGCCUUAUCAUUGCUCAGAAUGUGGGAAACAGUUCAUACAGUCUUCGUCUCUUAAACAUCAUAUGAGAAUACAUACGGGGGAAAAACCGUACAAGUGCUCUCGAUGUGAUAAGGCGUUUCCUCAUUCAUCAGCUCUUAUAGUGCACCAAAGGCUACACACUGGACAGAAGCCUUACCACUGUGACCUGUGUGGAAAACACUUUUCCCAAUCAACACACCUGCGAACCCACCAGAGAGUGCACACCGGAAUAAGACCCUAUGUUUGCUCUCAUUGCGGCAAGUCUUUCACUCAGUCUUCACAUCUUGGAGUGCACAAGAUGUUGCACACUGGACAGAAGCCUUACUGCUGCUCCACCUGCGGCAAAGGAUUUGCAACUCCGGGCUACCUUAAGCUGCACCAGAGAAUUCAUACUGGCGAAAAGCCGUACCAGUGUAACAUUUGUGGAUGGUCUUUCACUCAGUCCCACAGUCUCAAAGAGCAUCUGGGAAAACACUGGAGAGAUGCUUUACCAGUGUUUAAAGUUCAGUAGAGUAUUUAAAGAGUCUGGCAAUUUGAAAUACAGAGGUGAACAUUCACUUAAUUUUUCCCUUCAAGUUUUAGCCGGACUGUGCUAGGAAUUUAGGUCCCACCAGUUACAUAUUUUGUGUUUUCUUCUGGCAUAGUAAGCUAAGGAUGCCAAGAGAUUGGUGAAAAGUGAUUGUAUGAUCAAUGAUAGAAGAAACUGUUAUUUCGUGACACAAAUGAAUAACAGGAUAAUCUUUUCAGUAGGGUUGGGUACCGAAAACCGGUGCCAAUACGGCACCGCUACCUAUAUAACCGGUAUGUACCGGACCGAAACAGAAUGUGAAUUUCGGUGCCUUAUUUCAGUGCCACUUAAAUGCCUGAACUGUCGAUUGAAAUAUUUGUUCUCUGGGGCUAUGAUGACACAGUUGUAAUAAGCAUCAGAUUCAUCGACACACAUGAUCGCUAGUAAAAUUUAGAUACUGCAUUCAUGGGGUGUCAGAAAUGAUCGGAAAAAUAAAGUAUUUCUUAAUUAGAAAAAUCUUGAGAACUUCACACACAGUCAUACCAACCGUAGCAAAAAGGAGUCCACCGAUUAUGAUGACGACAGCAGCCUUUCCGCAGGUUAGUCGUAGGCUAAUGUAAUGUUAAUCGCAAAAUGCAAAUCUUGCAUUUAUGCUAACAAAUGGUCAAACGAUUUGUAAAAUACUAAUGUAACAAGGAUUCUGUUUAUAAUUUUGGCUUUCUAGCUAGUACUAGUAGUACUACAACAGUGACCCCAUUUACUAUUGCACUUUCAAACACAUACUUUUGUGUGCAGGCCUCAUCUACACCAUCUGAGUGGGAUUUUUCCUGUGCAGGGCAUGCAAUAAGUCAGGAAAGGUGUCGUAUUUUGCCAGAAAAGGCAAAUAUGGUGAUAUUUCUGCAAAAGAAUUGCUAAAAUUUGAAGCGGUUUAGUUAUUAUAGUUGGGUUAGGUGGCUUUGUUGUUGUUGUUUUUCGUAUUUACUUAUAUAUUCAUAUACUUUAAACUUUUAUAUAUUGUUAAAUUUUAAGCAUUACAUUUUUUGUUCAAUAAAAAUGUAUUCUUGAGUCAUCCACCAUAAUUUUGUGGCUUUUGUAAAGUAUCGGUUUAGGCACCGUUUGGGCACCAGUACCGUUUUAUAAGUUUAGAUUUGGCACCGGUAUUGAAAAAAACAAAAACAAAACGAUACCCAACCCUACUUUUCAGUAAUAAUAUGAGGGUGAAUUAAGAAAAUGAUUUGCACUCUGGCUGUAGAAUUUAUUUCAAUCAACUUUUAGAAUUGACAACUACAUAAUUUUUCUCACCCAUAAUCUCUUUGCUUUUCAACACACUUCAUCCAUCUGUCAAAAAGCUCUCAUAAUAACUCAUAAAAAAAGUUUUAGGCUGAGCUGCGAGCCACGAAUGCACCGCUGUCUUCACUUCUUCAUCAGAAAUUUUUCUUCACCGUCAUAGGGCUGCUUUCAGGUGACCAAAGAUCAAAACGUCCUUGUGAAGCAGUCCUCUGCGUUUAAAGUGUAGGCUUCAGCCCUUCAAUGAGCAUCUCACUGUAAUGAGCACUGUUAAUUGUUGAACCUUUUUCCUGAUAAUGUUCCAAUACCGGCCCUUCAGUAUCCCAGAAAACAUAAAUUUUCCAGCUCUUGAUUGACUUAAUUUUUUCCUCUUACCGCAGUUACAAAUAAACAGAUGUAACACGUUCACCUCGUAUUUCUUUCAGAACUUCACUAUUUGUAUUUAAAUAAGCCAAUACGUAAGAGCCUUUAAAUGAAUAAUCAUUAAUGCGAGUGAGAACUUCAUUUCUUAAAAAAUUAUAUUUGAAGAAGUAUGUCUUCAAAAUGUUAUUUUUAUGUUUCAGAAGCAUCAAACAAAGAAAACAACAAAGGGGAUUUCCGAAAUAACUGGGAUCGCACAAUGUAAUGAGAACUUACAGGAUCAGGAAUAAACAGCUGCAUGGUCAUAAGGAUACCACUAUUUAUUGAGACCUGUCAGGAAAAAAGGGUUCAAUUUGGAGCAUUGAAUUGGAUCAAUGGAGAAAGGCCAUUUGGUCUGAUGAGAUGGCCUGAUUAUGUACCAGGACAACAAUACCAAGUUUCAUUGGGCUCAAAUUAUAAAAUUGUGGUUCUGGGAGCUUUUUUACACAAAUUGGCCACCACAAGAGUCCUGAUGUGAAAGUGAAUGAGAUGUGCUGGAGAACACUUUUCAUAUAUGUCUGACUCGGCUGAAAUUAAUACAAGAUCUCCAAAAAUCAACGCAACCCUGGAUGGAAAUAAACGUGACAAAAUGACAUUUGUGACAUUGCAUAAAUGGUUUCUAAAUAAUACCAUGAACUUAAACAAAGCUAAAGGUAAGGUUAAAUAUUAGGUGCACAUUUUUUUGCCCCCGGGCAGUAUAUGUGCUGUAUUUAAAAUACAGUGGAACCUUGGAUUACGAGCAUAAUUCGUUCCGGAAGGGGGCUCAUAUUCCAAAACACUCGUGAACCAAAUUGAGUUUUCCUAUAAGAAAUAAUGGAAACUCAAAUUAUUCAUUUUACAGCCCCAAAAAAUAAAUACAUAAAAAUUAUUAACACAAAAUAUUAAGUAAAAAUGAAACAAAUUAAACUGCACUUUACCUUUUAAAAUUAAACUAAAAAAAGUAAAAAUAAAUCCAGACAGAUAAGUGUUUCCAUUUGUGCGUGCAGGCGCUGUGUGUGUGAAUCUAAGCUCCCCUCUCCUCCUCCUUGUCUUAGCGGUUACCCUUCACACACAUGCGCGCACACAAUGGAAACACUGUUUUAUCCAAAAAACAAACAAGAAAUCUCUCUAAUGACACUCGAUUGAGAGACACACUAAUGGAAUCACUGCUGUAAAGUAAAAAUAAACCAAAUUAACCUGCACUUUACCUUUGAAAAGAAUCGCAGUAGAGCAGAGAGAAAGAGUGUGUGUGUGUGUGUGUGUGUGACACAAAGAGCAGGCUAAGCCUUGAGCAGAGAGAGAAAAUGGAUUUUUAAUGUCUCUAAUGAGACUUGCUUUUGCUUUACAUGCGCACUGUACACACACACAUGCAUACACAAAAUAAAAUAUGUUUUACGCACACACAAGUGGUCACAGUGUUAUAGUAAACAGUACACUCGUGCACGAAUGUUGAUUAUACCAGUAAGAGACGCGCACUAAAACCCAGCAGGGGAGGCGAUUACCCACAAUUCCGCAGCACAAGAGAGAGAAAAAAACGUUGGCUCAGUUGUGAUCACGUGAUGCUCGGUGUCAAAACAAGAAGCACAUGCGUGAUGCAUGAUACGCCAUACUCGUAAACCAAGACUUGCUCGUUUUUCAAGUCAAAAUUUACUAAAAAUCUUUGCUCGUCUUGCAGGACACUUGCAAACCGUGUUACUCAUAAUCCGAGGUUUUACUGUACAGUACUUUUCAGAGGGCUUUUAAAACAAAAGUGUUUUUUCCCUGUACAUUUAGUCUUUUUUUAUUUUUAUUUGUCUAUUUCAAUGCAAUCUAUUGUUGUGCUGAUAUAUAAAAAAAGGUCUGUUACAGUUUCCACAAAAAAGAGUUCAGGCUUAAAUAGAUAUCUUGUAUUUUUAUUACAUAAGGAUACAUAUUUAGUAAAACAUUUGUGUUAAAACAUAUUCAGCCUUUUCAAAAAUUUUAAAAAGACAAAAAGUAAGAUGCAAGAUGUCUGAUAAGCCUGGAUCACCCAGCCAGAUGAUUUCUUUAGAAAACUACACCAAAGUUUUGGUUAAAAGCUGUCAUAUCAUUUACUGCUUAAUAUAAUAAUUAUAAAUAAACUUAAAAAAGUUUAAUAUUAACAGUAUAGAAACUUUUCAUUUAGGUUUAAAGGCAUCUUUGUUUACUUUAGAUGUGCCUUUUACACAGUUCUGUAUAUGCAAAUAAAUUGUCAUGUCAAAACCAUAUUUUAAAAUCUGCAAGUAUUAAGUUUGAAAUAUCAUUUAGUUUUAUUCAUUUGUGUAUUCAAUUUACAUCCUCCUGAGACCCAGACUCUACUGUUGUGCACUGAUGGGUCGUUCAUGAACGAUUCGUUCUUUUUGGACAAGUCUUAAAUGUGACUCAGAAGAACGAGCAGUCUCUGAGAGUGAUUCGUUCAUUUUCUAUUAAGCGCGCCUGUCCAAAGCACCACAAAACCUCCGUAGGUUAUGUACAGGAAAUAGAAAUGAGUAGUCACCUUUGAGUCUUUGGUCCGAAUCGGUCGUUCUUUUGUCACAUGACGCUAUGCAGUGCAGUACACAGGAAACAAAAUUGAACGGUUCUUCUCAAUGAGUCUUUUACUGCUAGUCGUUCGUUCUUUUGUCACGUGACUCCCUUAGACGCUAUGCAGUGCAACAGAUUUACUGUAAAAGAACAAACGACUCGGACCAGAAGAUAUGAGAGGUGAGCCACUGAUCCUGUAAUAUUUUUAUUACUGAACUAUAGCCAAAAUUUUUGUACGUAGACGUGUUGGGGGUUUGUUUAUUAAAAAUGUAACAAUUUUAUUUUAUUUCUGAUCAAAAGAACGAAAUGAACUAAAUGACGCAAAAAAAGAUUCAACUUCCCAUCGCUACUGUUGUGUACAUUUAAAUUACUACUGGAUGUUUCUCUUUAUUCAUAGCUGAUUCAUUAAAUUAAAUGUAAUCAAUAUUUUCAACUAAGAAGAAGUUUGGCAAAAUACGUAAUUAUACAUCAUACCCAACAGUGUUCAUAUGAGGAUGGUGUGUGUGUGUGAAUGAAAAUAACUUAACAUACAGCCAUUGUUGUCAAAAUAGCUGGCAGCAAAAGUAAGUACACCUUACGUUAUAACAGGUAUACAUUGUUUAACCAUGCAAAGUCACUAUUAAUCAUGUAAAUGUGUUUGUCAGCUUGAUAGGGCCAUACAAAUUUGUUGCAUCCUCUUCCACUCAUUUAUAAUGAUAUCAUGGAGCUGCUGGAUGUUACCACCACCACGCUUAACCUUAGGCAAGAGACAGUUUUCUGGGUACUUCUCACGAGGGCGUCGCCACAUAUACUGUACACCAUCUGACCCAGACAAGUUAUCUUAGUCUCAUUAGACCACAGGACAUGGUUCCAGUAAUUUAUGCUCUUGGACAGGUUGUCAUCAGCAAACUGCGGGCAGCUUCAGAAGAAGCUUCCUUCUGGGAUGACGGCCAUGCAAACGAACUUGCAGUGUGCGUCUCUGCUUUACGGACAUCUAGAGGAAGUACACUCCACCAGAACUUAGGUUAGGUACCAGAACAAAAAAAAAAAAGAGUCUGGAUAAUUGUCUUCCUCGAUCCCUGAGAGAUGGUGGAAUGAGGCGAGCGGUCGUAGAAAAGCGGAUGGAACGUGGUGCAGUACAUUGUGUGAUUAGAGCAGAGAGGUAGGUGGGUGCUGGACCAUUUUUAGCUUUGUAGGCGAGCAUCAGUGGUUUGAAUUUGAUUCGGGCAGCUACAGCAAGCCAGUACAGGGAGCGGAGAAGUAGGGUAGUGUGGGAGAAAAGGUUGAAAACGAGACAUGCUACUGCAUUCUGGAUCAGCUGCAGAGGACGAAUGGUGGACAGAGGUAGACCUGCCAGGAGUGAGUUGCAGUAGUCCAAUCUUGAAAUAACAAGGAACUGAACAAGCAUGUAAGUAGCCUGUGAAGAAAGAAAUGGA